CCUAAGGGUUAAGGAAAGGGUCGAUCCAUCUCCGAUGGAUAGAGUGAUCUUCUCUACUGUACAAAACCAAUAGUAAUCUGGUAACUCAAUAAUGAUAAUGUAUCUACCCUGUUUUUAGGAGUGUCCUCGUGGUCUGGGUAUACUGAGACCAGCCAUGAUUUCACUAUAAUGAAUGCAACUAAGUUAAUUUGCGCGAAUCGGCUGAUUGCAUUCAAGAUGUAACAACUCAUUGACCCGAUGUUAUGAGGACCAUUUAGAACUGGCUUUGGUAAAGACGUUUAAAAAUUCGUGAAGCUCUAUCUUUGCGCUGGCCAGUCGUUGUAUGAUAUAGUUUUACUUUCCGUCGUUAUGUACUUUCCGUUCGAAUGUUACAAGUGAUAGAUUUCCUCAUGUUGAAAAGAUGAAAAAUCUUGUGGAUUUCAUUUAACAUUUUGCUGCCAACCUGUGAAACAAAACAGUGAUCUUUAAAACUGUGAUCAGUAUUGUUAUUUUCGUUAGAAAUGAUAGAGUCAUGGAAAUCAUACAGACAUAGAUUUAUGCCGUGGGUGCUGUUGAACUUGAAGAAGCAAUUUAAAGAAAGAUCCGUGGAACUCGGAGGAGCUGAGCUUGUUCAAUUGAAAUUAAAUCUCAAACGACAAAUACUUGAAGCUCUUGCCAGUGGAGUUUCACAUCAUACUGACAUCGCUUUGAAAAACAGCAAGAUUCCAAAUUGCGGUUUAGGCGUUUUCAGCAAUGAAGUUAUUCGAGGAAACGAGUUUGUUACACUGUACCCUGGAAGUAUUUAUUACCCUGGGGACUCAAUAUUUUUUCAAUCAAUAAGAAACCAGUUCAUUUUUCGUUGCCACGAUGGUAUAUUCAUCGAUGGAAACAACAAAGGAAUGUCAAGGAUGAUUUUUAAAUCAUUAACUGGUAGAAUCGGUCCAAAAUCUCGUGAUACUACCUGGUUAUCACUGAAGAGUACGUUUUCAGUCGGACAAAUUAUUAACAACGGUGGAUCAAAUAAAUUCAAUGUGGCUUACCAGGAGCUAGAUUUUAAUGAAUCCGAGCUAUCGACAGCCUUUCUUCGGAUGUUGCCUUAUGUCCACUUCAACUCAAAUGCGGAACCAUUUCCUCUAAGGGUUGUGGCAAUAUAUGCCUUAAGAGACAUCGCGCCAAAUGAAGAACUUUUAUCAUCUUAUUUUUCGAUUGAUUAUUCUAAUUGUUAAUAGUUUAGCUAGAGCUUUUAUUGCAA